UUCUCCUGCUAACUGCUUGGAUACUCCUAGUUGACUCUGAUGUACUUGGGUGUACUGGUUGAGAAGGCGAGUUGGAAGUCGAAUUUUUCUCCUAGACUUCUAACAUAAUAAUCACUUCUCAACUGAAAAGAAAAAAAAAAGAACCCCUCCCUACUAAAUCUAGAUAUAUUUAUUUUUAAAGAUAAAAGAAGUGUUCAAUUUUCAUAAAAAAAGUUAACCAGUACAUCCAUCUCCAACGCCUAAAUGACAAUUGUUUUCAAUUUUGUUGUGUGCUUGUGAAAUGGUGCAUCGACUUCCUGUGCAUGGCGAAGAGCCGUAAGCGUCAUUCUUCGUGUUAGGCAGUCCUUCUAUAUAUCAGUGUGUGUCCGGUUUUGUGUUUUUUUCCCCCUUUUAUAUAUAUCUAUAUAUUUAUUAUUUGAUCUCAUUUCCCGCUAAAUAACGACCAACGAGUGUACCGUCCAAAAAAUCAGCUAUAAUAGACAUUGUGCAAUUCACGCCCUUUAAAAAGAAGAAAAGGAAAAAAAAAUGAUGAAAAUGGAAACAGAUAAUAAACACGAGGACUCGAGCAAUUUGCAGAAUCCAAUGACAAUGUUAAACGACACGACCAGAAAGAAAGAUUUGCCAACAGGAACUUCUUUUCAAUUUGGUCAAGAGAGGGAAGCUUGUAUGAAACUUUUUGAAAGAUGGAGUGAACCAGAACAAGUGCACUUUGUGGAGCAACUUUUAGCGAGAAUGUGUCACUAUCAACAUGGUCACAUAAACGCAUACUUGAAACCAAUGUUGCAACGAGACUUCAUAUCCCUCUUGCCAAAGAAAGGAUUAGAUCAUGUAGCUGAAAGCAUUCUUUCUUACCUAGACGCCGAUUCACUAUGUGCCGCAGAACUUGUUUGCAAAGAAUGGUUUAGAGUCAUUAGUGAAGGAAUGCUCUGGAAAAAAUUAAUAGAACGCAAAGUUCGGACAGACUCUGUUUGGCGAGGACUCGCCGAAAGGAGAGGAUGGAUACAAUAUUUAUUUAAGCCACGACCAGGAGAAAGCCAUCCAAACCAUGCUUUUUAUAGAAAUCUUUUUCCAAAAAUUGUCAAAGAUAUAGAUAGCAUAGAUAAUAAUUGGAGAAUGGGACGUCACAAUCUUCAGCGAAUAAACUGCCGUAGUGAAAAUUCCAAGGGAGUAUAUUGUUUGCAAUAUGAUGAUCAGAAAAUUGUUUCUGGUCUUAGGGACAAUACAAUAAAAAUUUGGGAUAGAAAUACAUUACAGUGCAUUAAGGUUCUCACUGGACAUACGGGCUCUGUUUUGUGUCUACAAUAUGAUGACAAAGCCAUUAUUUCUGGCUCCUCAGAUAGUACCGUUAGAGUUUGGGACGCCAACACUGGUGAAAUGGUCAAUACACUCAUUCAUCAUUGCGAGGCUGUUUUGCAUCUAAGAUUUAACAAUGGAAUGAUGGUCACGUGUUCGAAGGAUCGUUCAAUAGCAGUUUGGGACAUGACAUCACAAACGGAAAUUGCAUUGCGACGUGUAUUAGUUGGUCAUCGUGCUGCCGUUAAUGUUGUUGAUUUUGAUGAAAAAUAUAUAGUGUCGGCUAGUGGUGACAGAACUAUCAAAGUUUGGAAUACAUCCACAUGUGAAUUUGUUCGAACGCUAAAUGGACAUAAGCGUGGAAUAGCGUGUUUACAAUAUAGAGAUCGUUUAGUGGUUAGUGGUAGCAGUGAUAAUACGAUCAGACUAUGGGAUAUUGAAUGUGGUGCGUGCUUAAGAGUCCUCGAAGGUCAUGAAGAACUUGUUCGAUGCAUUAGGUUUGACAGUAAACAUAUUGUCAGUGGAGCUUACGAUGGUAAAAUUAAAGUCUGGGAUUUAGUUGCUGCAUUGGAUCCUAGAGCCGUGGCAAGCACCUUGUGUCUUCGAACAUUAGUGGAACACACUGGUCGCGUAUUUCGACUUCAGUUUGACGAGUUCCAGAUUGUUUCAUCUUCUCAUGAUGACACAAUUCUUAUUUGGGAUUUUUUGAAUUUCAACCAAGAUAAUUCAUCAAACAGUGACACAACGCCUCUUAUUAAUGAUACACUUAAUCUUUCCGACAUUAGAUCUCCCUCUCCAGCAUUCGAGUGACGUUUCAACUCAAUGUUUUAUUUUCAUUGUGAUAUAAAUACAACUGGUUAGUGAGUGAAUCGAACACGUUCACCUAUAAUGUGUACAAAGGAUGAAGAACCAGUGAUUAUUGUGAACUUCGUUAAAUCAGGCACAAUUAAAAAAAAAAAAAAAAAAAAACAAACAAACAAAAAUCAUUUGACUGACGACAUUAAUAAAAUUUUUUAAUUAUUUGCCGUGAAAAGCAUAAUAACUAAACGACACAUUGUUCAAAACAUAUUGACGAAGUUACAUAUAUAAAUAUAUACAUAUAAUGACCUUUAUUAUUUCUUCUUUGCCUUGAAAAGCAUAAGAAUGAAUUAUAAAUCAUCUGUUAAACAAAAUUUUUUUUUCUUUUUUUUUUUUUUUUUUUUUUGACGAAGUUACAUAAAUUUUUUCGAGCGCAGGCACGCCAACAAAAAUAGAGAGAAACAGCCUGAUGAUGGACAAUAUAGUGAAAAAAAAUACAUAUUAAGUACAUCCCAUGGAUGUAGACUGUUGUCAUUUCGCUUUAGCCAUUAUAAACUGGAAUUCUUCUAUAUAUACAUCCCCCCACCCCCUAUGACACAAUAGGAGCUGACCAUUUUUCCUAUUAAGAAGAAAAAAAAGACUUAAAUUACGCAACAAAAGAAAAAAAAAAAAAAAAAGAAAAAAAAAGUGGGAACGUUUUUAGGGAGGCUGGUUACACUUAAUAAGAUUUUUAGAUGUAUAAUAGUAAAUUAAAGAUUUUUUAUGUAAUUAAUUUAUAAAUAGUAAGAGGAAAAAAAAAAUAUCGUGAAAAGUGUCGUUCGUUUUGGAGUACUUAUUUUCAGUGUGAGUGGAAAAAAAAGAACAUUUUUUAAUGCAUGAAAGCAUUUUUGCACUUAUAUAGUUUAUUAUUAUGUCUCUGUGUAUAUUGACUCUAUAAGUAAAAUCAAAAUUUUUUUUUUUUUUUUUUUUUUGACGAGAAACAUUUGUCAUUUUGCGUCAUGAAAUUUUAGUGUUGAAUUUUGCGAAUUUUCGGAAAUUUUAAUUACAAUGAAAAAGCAAAAAAAAAAAAAAUAAAUAAUAAUAAUACUUUUGCACAGCCUUGUCAAAAAAAAAAAAAAAAAAAAAAAACGCUGAACAUAUAAAAAUGCUCUUUGUUUGUCAAAUUUGUAAAUAGCUUAAAGAUUAAUUGAUAAAAAUAAUCAUUUUGAAAAUUUCAUAUUUUACAUAAUUAUAUUGUGAAACUGUUAUUUAUCGAUAAUACAUUUAUAAGUGCGAUAGGUUAUUAAUAAUUUCUUAUUAGUAGUUAAAAAAAUAUUUCAUUGAAAAAAUUCGCAACUAAAUCUUUUUUGGAUUUUUUUGUUUUCAAUUACUUUUUUUUUUUCUCUCUUUCUCUUAUAAUAAAAUUAUUUAUUUUUUAAAAUCAUAAAUUAUGUUCUAAUUUGUAUAUUGUAUAUAUAUAUAUUUUAAAUGAAAAAAAAAAUAUGUGUAGAGAAGGCUUGAAAAAAAAAAAAAUUUUGUAAACAUAUUCGACGAAGAGCAUGUUAUAUUUAUGAAAUAAAAAAAAAUUAAUGCUACAGUUUUCGAGGCUAUGUAAAGUAAAUCAAGAGUUUGCGGAUUUUAAAAAUGAAAUUGUAUCCUUAAAAAAAAUAAUAAUUUGCAACUCUCUCUUUACUUAUGUCCUUUAUCGAAUGACGCUGCUGACGUUAAUUGUAUAUUAUAGUUUUUUUUUUUUUUUUUUUUUUUUUAUUAUUUUUUUUUAAUUAAUUAACACAGCUAUGCAUAAUUUAUCGUUCUGCAAACUGAAAGUGUGUAUAAAAAAAGAACGAUUUGAAAAUUUUAGACGAAAAAUUAUAAAUUAAAUGUAUGUGUCAGUGAUAUUCAUGUAAGGCCACUUCUGUUUUUAUAUCCGAAAAAAAAGUAGCGAUUUAUUCAUAAUGUCAUUCGUGCCGCAAUGUCACGACCGCGAUAUUACAUAUAUUAUGCUAAUUAUUUACAUCUUUAACUACAAAAUGUGAGUGAGUAAAAAAAAAAAAAAAGAAUAAAAUAAUAGAGAUCACCCUGUGAAAAUGAAUGUUUCGAGUGAUAGAGGUUCAUAGAAAUAAGACAAUAUGUACUCUUUAAAAUAUAGAAAUGGCAUAAGUGAA